GUUCGGAGCUUGAUGGCCAGCCUCUUUCCUGGAGAGAGCGCAGAAUCCCUCCUCAGCAGCAAAGUUGGGGAUCUUACCAAAACACUCCUGGAUCGAAAACUGAAGUCUUUUCCCGGGGGGGAAGCCUUGCAGAGGCCUCUGAAAUCCGCAGGAUCCGAACCCCCAACCAAUGAGUAUGUUCAGAUUGUGAACCAGCAGGCCGAGACGUCAGUGGCCAAGGAGGAGGAGGUUUGUGAAGAAAAAAAGCUGCAAAAGAGACUGGCUGAAUGUCAGCAAAGCUCACACCAGGCAAACGAAGAGCUGAACGAAACCCGUCAAAACAAGCCAACUCUGGAAUCCAAAACCAUCUGGGUAGAGCCCUGCUCUCGUCCGCCUCCCAAGGAGUGCCCCAAGGAACCGUACUGCUGGAGGAAAUCCUAAGAAGGCGUCGGUCAGUUUUAGGCCUGUCCAAAGCAUUGCCUGGGGAUCGAACUCCCCCCCCCUUGCUUUUUCUCCCAAAAAUAUCCUGAAUUUCUAGGGAAUCAAGCGAACAGGUUUCUCUAGUCAAAUGCCUUGUUGGCUUAACACCACCCAAACAAUCUGGAUUCACCGCGAAAAGAUUUAGGAUCCCUUGGCCUGAUUUUGCUCGGCUAAGAGAUUUCGUUUUUUUGUAACCAAGAGCCCGAAAUCUUGGAAAGGGAGUGUGAUGCCAUCCCUCUUUCCUUUCAAGGCCCUGAGUGACUUGUGGUUCACACACCUCCAGGGAAAAGUCUACCCAGCGGGAUGAAGCAAGUUACCACCGGAAUAAAUCUUUUCCCCCUAAUAAUUGCUUGGAAUAUUGGAAAACUGCAAGCGGGAAAAAUGCAACUAACUUCUGUUGCAUUAUAUAUAUUUUUAGACUCUGGGAAAGGCUUGGUAUAUAAAGUUGUGCUUUCCCUGCUUUUCGUUUCAAUAAAGCAAACUUUUCGAAG